AUUGACUGCAAUUGCCCUUCCUCGACGAUCUGAGUCCUCCUAUUCAGAGCUUCUUGGGGCCCUGGCACGAUGAACAAUCUCCAAAGGGUGAAUCCAUCCAAGGGUCUGAUGAACAUCAACCAUGCUAUGUCUCCUCUCUCAAUGUGCCGGCAAUGCCUGCGCAACACCCUGCGCAACCAGUUCCAUCGACCUCGACUCCAGCCGCCCCUCGUCGCGCGCCGUACAGCCUCAACGGAUGGCAGCAAGCCCAUCGUACUCGAGCAGCCCGACAAAUUCCGCCCACCCUCGCAUCCCGCGCGAUUGGGUCGUCCGCGUCGGCCGCCCGCGGCGUACAAUCAAGGAACGACAACAGAGGAAAAAGAGAGGCAGAAGAGCAAGUCCUACCCGCACAUGUUCCCUAACAAGGGUACCUUUAUGCAUUGGUUCUUGACGGAUCGGUGGAUUCAUCUUUGGAUUACGAUGGGCACGCUCACAAUCCUCGCUUGCAUCACCUUCACCCAGUCAUUCAUGCGGACGUCACCCUACGCACACCUGAUCCCUCCCAUAUCCUCGUUACCGCUCCACCCGAUAAACUACAUCCGGGAAACCCUGUCCGUGCUCCGCCUCCACGUCGACUACGAGACGGCCAAGACGAACGAGUCGCGGCAGCAGAAGAUCCUCGACGCCCAGAAACGCAGGCUGUACCGGCGCGCCCACGGCCUAGAGGACCUCAACGCGGACGAGGACCAGGGCAUCGACGUGCGGGGCCUGGUCCCUUGGGACGACGGGCUGACGGCCAAGGAGAGGGAAAAGGGCGGCAGGGACAUGGUGCUCACGGGCCGCGACAUGAUUGCGCUCGGCGGAGUCCCUGGAAAGGCCGGCGCACAGGAGGACGUGGACGAGUUCGCCCGCAGGCUGGAGACGGAGCAGGGCGAGCGGGUCAAGCUGCUCAAGGAGAAGGGCGUGGAUGCCGUGGUCAAGGCCGAGGCCGAGGCCAAAGCCAGGGGCAUCAGUGUCCAAGACGCACUCCAGCAACAGGAGCUGCGCGUCCAAGAGAUGCAGGACCCGGACCAGGGCCAGGAUCUUCAGCAACUGCAGCAGCAGCAGCAGAAGCGGAAGAGGAAGCUGUGGCUAGGUAUCUGGUGAUCUUUCAACAAGAGGAAUUUUGGCUGUAAAAGAGCGUUAGACUUGCGGCUCGGGCUCAAUGCAAGACUCCCUGCUAUUGAAUGUUAUAAGUCGAAAAGAAGUUCCGAACCACUCUGACUCAAAAAAACCAGACAUCACACGGGGAUAGAUAGCCACGCCACUGGAAGAACGAGCUGAGAAGUCGAGUGUACAACGUAUUAAAAUGUCUGUCUACCUGACAAGAGGGUACCUGAAUUGCAAUUGCAGCCCUGGACCCACGUUCUAUGUUCCCCUCCCGUCGCCCAUGAAAUCAUAUAUGCGAUAUAUAUGCGGGUAGAUAGUG